CGAACAUUAUCGAGAUGACUGAGCGUACCGUUCAUGGUCUGACCAGUGUGUUAUUAAGGGGCGCUUUCCACGCUGUAGCAUUCAUCAUCGCCUGCCUGCCUGGGGCGCUUGGACUCGCUUUAGUACACCUUGGAUCUACCUGGAAAAAUGGCUAUGCAGAACAUGAAGGGAAUUUGCUCAGCUGUGAGUGAGUCUGGACACGAUUUUAUUGGUACACCC